AUGGCCGUAAACGAAAAUGCUGAUCGUCCAAAGGCAGUGCGCCUCAGAGGGAAGGAUGUGAAUGCAGAGAGCAGCCUGAAGUGGCCUGAGCUGUACCGGUCGGGACAGAGACAGGAGCUCUCCAGCCCUCUCAUUCUCAUCUCAUCGCUCCUCUAUGCUGUCUACUCUUCUCUCGUCUUCUUCUUCAUCCCUUUUGGAGUUUUUCACAACACAGCUUAUGACUUCCAGACCAUGGCAGUGACUGUCGCCAUGGCAGCAACGUUCACUGCCAACGUUGAGAUUUCUCUGGUCACCAGAUACUGGACCAGGUUGAACGUGGCAGCGGUGUGUGUCUCUGUGGUGAUGUUCUUCAUCUGUUCCAGGAUCACCCACAGCACCAGUCUGUUUAAAGCUUCACCCGGGGACUAUUUCUUUCUCGGAGCGUCUAAUAGGGCCUUCAUUGAUCCACUGGUGUGGCUCACAGCUCUGCUCACCACCUGGACGGCUGUUUUACCCUCAAUGACCGCUCUGGCUAUCAAUGUCAUCUUUAACAUGCACGACAAACACAAGGUCCACAGCGCGUCCUCUCAGCCGGUGGAGCUGAGGUCGAGGUUGAGAAGAGGAGCUUCUCUCCGCCGCUCGUCGUACGCCCUCUCCCAGGGGGCCGGGCCCGGGCGCCUCAUCUCUUCAGGAACCUGCAUCCGCAGCACCGUGCCGACGGUGGAUGAGCAGGUGACCGCAGAUAAUAACCCCACUGACUCACAGCUCCAGAUCAACAUGAAGAACAAGUGA